UCAUGUGGCUGGAAUUCGACCCCUCCGGGGUUCCGAACUCUCAUGUGUUUAUGGGACUUGGUUUUGGCACACAUGCUCCUGCGUUCAGAGUGGAGAAGUUCUCCUGAGGAAUUACUGGACGCGGAACGUCCCGCAUCUGAACGCGUCUGACGCGUUUGAGACGCAUCUGGGUUUCUGGCCACUCCGGACACAUUUUAUGUGAAAAUAAAAGUGGAAGUUCAGCAUUAUGCAUCAUCACUUCAGAGAGAAGUCGAAAGAAAACACGUUGAGGAAUACAUUUUCAUUAUCUGUGGAUUAUUUUCACUCUUAAUUUAUUUCUCUCAAGUCCAUGACAGGAGAGGUCGAUCAGGACAGAAAAGAUGGCAAAGGGUGGAGAAGUACAGAGAAUUCCAUGGCAACAUCUGCCCGCUGUCACCUGAGAAACUGGAAGGUGAUUCUGUUAGUUUUUGUGUGUAUUCUGGGUCUGAUUGAUGGACAUUACCUGCAGGAUGAGACAGAGGAACCACACACCAGCAUACUAGGAACCCAUUCAACCUUUCCAGACCGACCCCAGAAGAAAGCAGACCAGUGGCUGAGCAAAGAACCCUGGGCAGGUCUGCAUGAUUCCUCCUUGGCUGAGGAGGGUGAGGGACAUCGAAUCCGGUGGCAGCGUUCCUCUACAAACGCCUCCAGUUUGAGGAAAUCCCCUAAGAACCGCAAGGAACGUCGUAACCGGACGCGAGGUCGCAGCAGUCAGGACUGUCGUUUGGAGAAGAAGGAGAUGAGGGUGCGUGAGCUGGGGCUUGGAUAUGACUCGGACGAAAUCGUGAUGUUCAAGUACUGUGUUGGGACGUGCAUGAGUGCCCGCAGGAACUACGACUUGGCCCUGAAGGUGCUGACAGAUAAUGGCAGCAUUCCAAGCCGCAAGGUGAGCACCCAUCCCUGCUGCAGGCCGACGCGCUUUGAGACCGUCUCGUUCAUGGAUGCACAGACAAGCUGGCAGACCAUCAAAUGGCUUUCAGCAGCCAACUGCACCUGUGUGGGAUGAGAGAGACAAAGAAAACGCAACCGGUAAAAUCAGUCCAAAGCUAUGGUUCAAUCCAAAGAAAUUCCUUAGAAAUUCCUUGGAAUUACUCUGAAAGGAAACAGCGAUGCAGCGUUCCUAAUGAUGCCCGUAUAUGCUGCAGUCGAAGCUAUUGUGGCUAGGGUGCAAACACAGUGGCUCUUGUACCGUGAGGAACCACAGGAACCAUAGGAAUAAGGGAUGACCUGCAGGGUAGAGGUCACCUUGCCAUGAAUGCUGGUUUUUGGAGUCUGUAGAGGAGAUGCAAUGCCUCCUCUGACCUCAGCAUCUCCAUUAGAGAGCUAAAAAACAUUGAUGGAAGUCCUCAGAUAUCUGCUCCGAACUGCAGUUUUCAAAUUGAAGGAACUUGAAGGUCUACUUUUCACAUUUCGGCCUCUUAUAAGGCAGAUAUUAAGAAUGACAUGGAUACCAUGAAGUUUCAUUGUAACAGAACAGAAAGUGCUUAUUUAUAGUAUAUCAUGUGACACCAUGUCAAAAACAGGCGCGAUGUGACAGGUUUUAAGCUACACGACACAACGUGACACAAUUCCAGCCAAUCAGAAGACAUUUGAGGUUUAAUAGAGCGCAACAGAACUUUUUCAGCCGUCUUGGUUCCGAAAGUAUUAUUUCCAUUCAUUUUUUCCAAAGGGAUUUCAUAAAAUCCUUCAUAAAAGAGUUCUAAGCCAUUAACCAACCCAACAGCUCUGAGGUGAAUCACAACAUAAACUUUCAUUUGAAGUACAAAAAGCAUUUUAAAAUCAGACUUAACAUCUUUAAUGAGGGAAUGAACUACAAUCCCAUGAAGCAUUGUGAAUGAUAUAAACAAAUUGCACCAUUCAUAGUGUGUCACGGGAGUGUGCAGUCGCUGCAGAGCUCUUUUGGUGCACUUUGCCACAAUUGUCUUUUUGGUGGAUUUUUCCCCUCGGGAUCAUGGGCAAUGUAGUACUUAGUCAGGAACUCCACUAUUAAAUAUGAAUUUUAAAAUAUUUAGUUGAGUUAACAUGGACUGAUGGCUUCAACAGAAGCAUUUACCAUUGAUUAACAACCUCAGAGCUCACGGUAGGUCUGUCUUUAAAGGUUUACAAGUUAUUAUUAAAAAUCAAUUUGCCUGGGGGCCUGGGUAGCUCAGCGAGUAUUGACGCUGACUACCACCCCUGGAGUCGCGAGUUUGAAUCCAGGGUGUGCUGAGUGACUCCAGCCUGGUCUCCUAAGCAACCAAAUUGGCCCGGUUGCUAGGGAAGGUAGAGUCACAUGGGGUAACCUCCUCGUGGUCGCGAUUAGUGGUCCUCGCUCUAAAUGGAGCGCGUGGUAAGUUGUGCGUGGAACGCGGAGAGUAGCAUGAGCCUCCACAUGCUGGGAGUCUCUGCGGUGUCAUGCACAACGAGUCACAUGAUAAGAUGCGCGGAUUGACGGUCUCAGAAGCGGAGGCAACUGAGACUUGUCCUCCGCCACCCGGAUUGAGGUGAGUAACCGCACCACCACGAGGACCUACUAAGUAGUGUGGAUUGGGCAUUCCAAAUUGGGAGAAAAGGGUAGAAAAAUAAAAAAAUAAAUAAAAAGAAAAUAAAAAGAAAUCAAUUUGCCUAUGGAAAAAAUGUAUGAGAUUUUAAGUUUCGAAACCAGACUGUUGCACUCUAUAUACAGCUAUUUGAAGCAGGACAUUGGACCAAUAAGAUUCUACUGUGGCCGUAGGGCUACUGACAGAAUGUUCUGUCACUCAUCACAGUUGCAGCUGGUUGGACACAAAUGCAGAUUUACAUGCAAGACAUUUUAUUGAUUGUUGCUUUAGUGCGUUGCGCCUAAUUAGGACAUGAUGUGAUUGUCGUAAGCGUUCCCUCUCUUACUCACAAGUUCACACAAACACACGCAUACUCAACUAGCCAGUAGUUUUGAUGCCAGAUCCAGUAACCUCUAUUGAUGCAAUUUCAAGAAAUACCUCUUUAACUUAUGGUGUGUGGAAUUUUUUUUACAGUGAUCCUGAAAAAAAAGUACUUUUUUAAAGCAUCAACAUUGUUAUUUUUAUCAACCACUGCAUGAAUGGUUUUCUGUUUUACUGUAGUUAUUUGAAAUGAAAAUGAAUACUAAAAUAAAAAUACAAAU